AUUAUUUUACCCAAUUCACUUCAAUUAAUAUUUAAAUAGGUGGGUCGGUCCCAUCUGUUGGAAAGAUAUAAAAUAUUAUCCAAGCACCGAUGAACACCAUGCUAUAUAUAAGCAUUUACAUAUUAUAAUAGUUCUCCCUCUCCCUUUCCAGGAAGGAAGAUGAGAAAUUACGUUAUUAACAGCAUUAGCCCGUUUUACAAAUGCAGAACUCGAAUGAAUUUAUUAUAUUCUUGUCCUAUUUCUCAUUUUAUUCAAAAUCUUCCAACAGAAAAACCCAAAAAACUUGGCUUGUUUAGCAUAUGUGACAAAGUUAAAUCAAUGAGUAUUUAUGCAAAACCCAUAUCCAAUUUCGAUUGUUUUACAGCUCUUCGACACUUAAACACUAGUUCUUCUCAGAAGAUCACCCAGGAUUCCCUUGAAGAUUCUGAUAACAAUCAAGAUGACUCCAGUGAAGAGGUGGAGCCUAUUGAUUCUUGGGAAGAAGAGGAUGAUGCUGAUCCUGAGGUUGGUGAUGGAGGUGAUGGUGGUGGAGUGGUUCUACAAAAUUGCCCUUGGGGUCAACAAGCGCUAGGCAUAUGCAGAGAGGUCCUUUUGCAGUUUGGCAAUGAUAUGGAGCUCUAUGCGUAUAAAACUUCUCCUCGAGGAUACAUUUACGUGAGACUGGACAAGCUUUCAAAUGAAUAUGGUUGUCCCAGCAUGGAGGAGAUUGAAUCUUUCAGCCGACAAUAUAAAAAAAGAUUGGAUGAAGUAGGUGCCAGAGGAGAAAUACCUGACGAUUUGGCUCUUGAAGUAUCGAGCCCCGGUGCGGAUAGGCUACUGAGAGUACCAGAUGACUUGUCGAGGUUCAAAGACAUGCCAAUGAUGGUAAGUCAUACGGAAGAUUCAGACGCUAAAUGCUCAGAAAAGACUGGAGUGUACUUUCUUGACUCCAUUGAAACAGAAUCGGGAAGCUGUGUUUGGAAGUUGGCAGAUGUGAAGGAAAACAGAGACCCUUCAGCAAAAGGGAGACCAAUGAGCCGCAAACAGAAAGAUUGGAGACUUAAACUGCCGUAUGCUAACGUUAAGAGGGUAACUCUCUAUCUUAAUUACCAGUAAAGGUGUUCUUCCAUUUAGGAAAGUCCUUGUAAAAUAAAUCUGUGGCCCCUUGACGUCGACUUUUAAUAUCUAUGAUCUCGAGUGGAACUACUAAUAGAAAAUGAGGAUCUGUUGUCAAAGAAUGUUCUUACGAGGAUUAGGGCCUGUUCUCUUUGUUGUUUUCA